CCCUGAAGUUUUCAUAAAACCAGAACACGCUAAUCUUGAUCUCAUAGAGUGCACGUGGAAAAAUCUUUCAGCUCUUAGUAGAUGUUUGAAGACUUGCUCCUAUAGCGAUACAUUAUCAUCAGUGACUCCUCCGGAUCUCUUUAGAAGAAAACAAAGAGAGAGAUUGGACCACCAACUUGUACCUACAAAGUGGUGACGUGGAAUUCCAUUGCCAGUGAUAGCAUAUCGGGAAACACAAAGCAUCUUGGUUAACCAGUCUGGAUAAAUAAUACAUACUUCGCUAUUUUUCGCUUUGGGAUUUUCCAGACGAGCUAUUGUUCGCGCAAAAAACGAGGUUAUCUUGGCGGGGAUUGAUGCUUGCAUGACGUCAGUAUUGGACUCCGCGAGUUUCUCUAUAAAUACAGAUUUAGCCGACAAGAUGAACCAAUUCCGACUGAUAGUACUACUGGAAGUGAUGGCGCACACUGUGUUCCCUACCCAGGCAUCCCCCAUCCGAGUAUGCGGCAACGAAUUGCUGGACGCCCUCAUGUCCGUCUGCGGCGACCGGGGGCUGUACUCGCCACCAGAGGGUUACUCACGACGCACCCCAGCUACUCAGAGCGGUAUCGCGACGCGAUGCUGCAUCUCACACUGCGACACCGCCUUACUCGAAACCUACUGCAACAAGCCGGCCACGCCCCAGUCGCAGACGGCAGCGGCGCCCCAGAGAAUCACGUCUACGUCGGACGACCGGAGAGCCAACGAGAUCGUCGUGGACCCCCCAUCAGGCCACACGGGGGACACCGCACCACGGGGAGAGAGCGCGAAGGCGCCGGGGCCCAGCGGCGCGGCGAACGCGACCAAAACGCCAGUCGCAGAGGUCGACGAGGGAAUGAGUGUGGACGAAGAGGAGGCAGCAGGCGAGAGCAACACGUCCGAGAGAGGGGUAAGCCUCGGCGAAGACGAAGACCAGGAGGAACAGGCUCAAAGGGACAUUCCCACCAGCAGGCCCCACAAAACCCACUCCAAGGAGCGCAGUAAGAACAGGACUAAGGGUGAGAAAAAGAGGCGGAAGACCGGCCGCAGGAGGGGUAUCAGUGAGAGGCGAACGCUGAGCAUUGAGAGGAAGAAGGACGAUGCGACUCGCCGGAGGAGGAAAGAGCAGCGCCUCCUGAGGAAGCAGCAGCAGUCCAACUCCAGUAAGAGGAGGACCAAGCUGGAGAAGAAGGGCAGUGAAGUCACUACGCCCGUUGCAAUCGAGACAGCAGAACACCCCUUUAAGAAUGGUGGGUACAACAGCACAUCUGGCGACCUUUCGCCGGUAAACGUCACAGAUCCAGAUUCGCCGCCGUCGUCCGACACGAAGAAAGACGGCUUUUUCACCACAAUCACCGCAGUGCUCAGAGACGUGAUUGGCUUUCAGCAGGCAGACGACGGGAACCGCUGAUGACGUCACAGGGUCAAAGGCCAAAAAUCCCCCCCAACUAUGGACUCCUUUAUUCGAAGGACGAGCGUUUUCGUCGCUAACCAAGACAGAAAAACGGACCCAACACCGCGGACCCGAGUUUUAUUCAUGACUUGGCCAGCAACGAAAAAAAUCGUGUCAGACUUACGAAGUCAAAAGUGUAUCAUGUACUAGGAUGUGAUUCAAAGACCUUGGCACUAGCUCAGGCCAGACAGAUGUUAGGAUGGGAUGACUGUCUCGAUUAAUCCUGAGUUUAGUUUCCCGAACCUAGAAACACUGUGACCCCGAUCGCCAUCUUUGACGAAAGACUAAGCCAAAAUGGCGCGUGGGCUUUUAAAGCACAUGAGGGUGCCCCAGCAGCGAAUAAAGUCGACAGGACUUCAAAGCGACAAUUCUUAAAACUUCCCGCCUGUGACGUCGAAAACGUUAUAUUUAAGUAUUUCUGUUUCACUCUGUCGAUCUAGUCGACACUCAUUCAGAAUAUUCAAUAUACUUUUGCCGUAUUUAUAAGUAAUUUAUUUAUGCUAGAUGUAUAACAGGGUAACCUUGAUCAUAAUUUCGUUGUAAUUAAUUCAAGUUAAACUCUUAUGCCGAUAAACUGCACACGUGUCAGUUUGCGAAGCAUCCAAUUAAAAGGAUAAUAUUUUUGUCUUUUCUUAUAGAAAUGAUCAUUUUCUCGUUUCGAAACGGAACUUUUCAAACGAUUUUGACUGAGAUUCGCCCGUGUGAAUCUCUGUUUAAUGAUGUUGCCUUGCUCGUGUUUUAAGCAAAUACUUAUAAAAGUUAUUAUUAUUUUGCUGAACAAACUGCACUGAAGUACACUAAAAGGCACCAACUCCUAACCGAUGUAGACUCUGCAUCAAUUAAUUGUUUCAAAAGUAUUUGGUUGUCCUUUUGUUUAGUUUGUUUGUUUGUUUGUUUGAAACAAAUGGUUCAACAAUAUUUUGUCCGAUAACAAGGCGAGGGAUAGGAGUAUAAGUAAGUUGAGAAUUGACAAGUAGUUACAGUCACGCCACUUUACCCUGUUUUGUUAAACCUAUCCGCCAUCAUUUUUUUAGUGAUCUUUUUUUCGGUCUAAAUAAUUUUGAGAAAGGCACAAGGGGUGACUUUUUGUCCAAACAGGGUUGGACACAAUGAGCCCAGGACUAAACACUUUCUUCACGAAGUGUGAAAGGGUAUGAGUUUGGGCAGACUUAUUCUGUUACUUCUAUGAUGAAGGUGUGCAUUAAUUCAGUUACGUACUUGAGGUUUUUUUG